CUCACAGUAACAGCCACCGCUCUUGCCAGGCAGCUUUACUCCAGCACCCCCCAUUCACCCCCCGGUCAAAACCCACUGCAACCGUCAAAAACUGCCCAGUAGGGGCACCCACCGGCCCGGCAACGGUCAUACGUGGAUCUGCCGCCCGGGGUGCGAGUGGGGCUGAGUCACGCGGGGGAGGCGGUGGGGGGUCUGGACAGGGGCGGCCGGUGGGCGGCGGGCAGGGCGGCUGACGCGCCCUCCCUGACUAAGGCUGAUGCUCGUCCACGUGUCAGGGAGAUGUUAAAAGUUUGGGCAGGGAGGGGGGCAUACCCAGAAGAGCUUCUGGCAGGGUGGCAGCGCAGGGGACACCGCGGCCAUGGGAAACCUCUGUCACCAGCAGCCGCCCGCAGCCCCUCCACGGCGAAGCCCGAGGAAGGCAGGGGACGGCGCGGCGCUGCCGGGCUCCCCGCUGCUUCUCCUCCUCCUCCUCGCCUCCUCGAUGUCUGCUUGCAAAGGUGCACCAAUGCCACCCCAAGCACUCGAGGCAGAUCAGGAUUUGCAGAUGUGGAAAGAGAUAGAUGAUGCAUGUUCUGCCUACCUGUCCAGAGAUUCUCAGCCUCAGGCAUCCAGCGCACUGGAAGAACUUUGUUUUAUGGUCAUGGGAUUUCUCCAGAAACCAGAGGGUUUAGAUGAAAAAGACAACACCAAAAGGUUCUUAUUUCAUUAUUCUAAGACUCAUGACUCAGGCAACUCAGACAGCAUGUCGUCUGUCCUGCAUCCCUUGCUGCAACUUGUUCCCCAGCUAAAUGAGAGAAGACUGAAGAGAUACGAAGAGGACGAAGAACUUAAAGGACCUGGAGGGAUCCAAAGUAGAGGCUACUUUUUCUACAGGCCACGCAAUGGAAGGAGAUCAGUGGAUUUUCGCUAAGAAGGAUUUUAGACUCCUGACUUAGCAUUAAUGCUGCAAGAAUGCUGAGUACAUGGACAUACGGUUUUCCUUACGAAAAUUAUUUGUUUCUAAUGUACAAUUAAAAAUAAUUAGAAUGUAAAUGUUCUUAAAUUAGAUCCUGUUAAGGAUUCAAAUGUUCCUUUACUUUGUUGAUUAUAUUAAAACUUGUUGUUUCCUAGUGUUAUGUUUACAACUGUGUGAGAUGCAACUGUAAAAAAGUCACUUAUGUAUGCAUGCAACAGACAUUGCCUCUAACAAUGUUGCUAUGUACAUUUAUUUUCCCUUAUAAAUAAAGGCACUCAGUCAGAGAGU